CGAAGUAAAAGAAAAGGGGGAGGUCCUGAUUCCGGGACGAGCGUCGGGUACGGUUGUGAUACCACCACCUUUCAGGCCCGACGAGCCGUCCACAGAGCUGCAUCUCUCCUCACCUGGUCUAUGCACAUCGCUCUCUCAAGGAGAUUGCCCGCCUAUCUUAGAUUUUCCUAUUAAACUAACGUGAGUUGGUUCAAUUGGUAUGAGCGCGAUUGUGGUUAAGCCUCAAUCUAAAUUCAAUUUUCGCUCAGCAGUCUUGUGUUGGAUCGCGCAAUCUGUAAAUUUUCUGCGAAAAUCCAUACUCGAAGGUUCUUGUGACAGCAAAGUAGAGACCAACCUCAUUACCUCAGCUUUACUCUCUCUCGGUUUCUCCAACGUUUUCAUUCUUCAAAGUCCACACCCAGUUGUGACCUCCGUCCUCAGUUUCAAGAUUGGGAACUGUAUUCAAGUGGAGAAUCAGAACGAGGAAAUGGGAUCAGAAGGGCCAAAGAGUGUGGUGAUUAAUGUGACUGGAUUCAAGAAGUUUCAAGGGGUGGCUGAGAAUCCAACAGAGAUUAUAGUGAACAAUCUAAAGACCUAUGUGGAGAAGAGAGGGUUGCCUUCUGGUCUGACACUUGGUAGCUGCACCAUUCUUGAGACUGCUGGAGUUGGUGCCAGUCCAGCUCUCUACAAGGCCAUGGAGUCGGGGAUUUCGAAAACGGACUCUAACACCAAUGAUCAAGUUGUCUGGCUUCAUUUGGGGGUGAAUAGUGGGGCUAUGAAAUUUGCUAUUGAGCGGCAAGCUGUAAAUGAGGCCACCUUUCGGUGUCCGGAUGAGUUUGGAUGGCAACCUCAGCAAUUUCCAAUAAUUGAAGCAGAUGGGGAAAUUUCUCGAGCAAGAGAGACUUCUUGCUCAAUUGAUGCAAUCCUUAAGAUCUUGAAGAAGAAGGGAUUCGAUGUGGCGGUAUCAGAUGAUGCGGGACGCUUUGUGUGCAAUUACGUCUACUACCAUUCUCUCCGGUUUGCAGAAGAAAAGGGUCACAAGUCUCUAUUUGUCCAUGUUCCUCUCUUUUCAAGAAUUGAUGAAGAAACUCAGAUGCGCUUUGUGGCGUCUCUUCUGGAGGCUCUUGCUGCAACAUGCUAACGCCAUUGUUGCAAUGCUUCGUCUUUGUAACCUUAUGUUUCGUGCCAUCUGCUGUUAAAUGUAAAUUGAUGGUUUGAUUAUCAUUGUGAUUGUAAAAGCGUACUAAUAACAUGUAUCAGCGUGUUGCUUUUCGGUGUGGCUUUCGUAUUGUCCAGGUGAUGUUUCGAUGUAAAAAAUGGAAAAUUUCAAAUCAAUCUUGUAAUGGUGCAAAGAUUUGGCCCCUA